AUGAAGGCCAAGCUGAAAGGCGCAGAGACUGGUCACAGUCUAUUGAAGAGGAAAAACGUUUCCGAGGUUGGUGAAAAAUUGGCCAAGAAAUCGGAAGAGCCCACUGACAUAUAUCGAUCAGAGAUCACUCGCCGAAUUGACGAAGCGAAGCGAAAGAUGGGGCGUGUCAUGCAGAUCGCAGCCUUCUCCCUGGCCGAGGUGACAUAUGCUGUGGGCGGGGAUAUCGGAUACCAAGUUCAGGAGUCGGCCAAGUCAGCUCGUUUCCGUAUCCGCACGAAGCAAGAGAACGUCUCAGGUGUCUUUCUGCCGGCUUUUGAGAGUUACCUUACCGAGGGUAACAACGACUUUGGGCUGACAGGUCUCGGAAAGGGAGGUCAACAAGUACAGAGGGCGCGAGAAACAUAUGCGCGCGCUGUCGAGGCACUCGUUGAGUUGGCCAGCUUACAGACCGCCUUUGUUAUUCUGGACGAGGUGAUCAAGGUUGUGAACAGGCGAGUGAAUGCCAUUGAGCAUGUCAUCAUCCCCCGGACGGAGAAUACCAUCAAGUACAUCAACUCUGAGCUUGACGAGCUCGACCGUGAGGAGUUUUACAGAUUGAAGAAGGUCGCCAAUAAGAAGCAGCGCGACGUUGCUGCUGCGGAUGCGGAAAUGAAGGCCAAACGCGAAGCACAGGAAGCCAAGGAGGACGGGCGAGAGCAGGGGAAGGAUAAUGCUUCGUCUGGAGAUGUUCUCGGAGCCGGGGAAGAUGAGGAUGUCAUCUUCUAA